ACUCUUUGACGGGGUCUGUGUCUGACGGUUCUGACACCAAUCGAAUGUCGCUCCAUUUCCGCGGAACAACGGGUUCAGUUCUUCCGAAAGUUCUUUCAUUCGUCGUUAUCCGGUGCGGAAUUUGCUGCACAAUUUCUUAGAUUUCGAUUGUCUACAACUUUGUGAGUUUAUCUGAAGGUGAAUCUGUUGGAAAUUUUUCCCCAACCCCAAAACAAAGGCGGAAGACUUUUUUUCUAGUGCCGAAGAGAAAAACAACGGGACAAAAGUCACAAGUGGUGCCGAAACAAAUCUCAAGGUUCCCUGCCUGAGUAGGGCUUAUUUUCCAAAUGCAAAGUGACCUUGCUGUUCGGGUGUGAUUUCCAACUAAACGCUCUUAGUUUUCUUCGCGCCGUGUUUUGCCCAGUUUUUUCCCAUAGAAAGUGGUGGAAAUUAUUCGUACUGCAGCCCCAUUCGGAAGUGAUCGGAUCUGGGCUGUCGCAGCCCGUUGUUCAAACUGGAUAACUCAAUCGUAAAUCGAUACCUUAGUGCGGCUGAUGACGAGUUCGUUUGGUCAGUAGAUCAGGAUAUCCGGCAGUUUGUCCAAAAAGCGAACCAAAGGAGUGUACUUAUCUUUCCACCGGUGAACAACUACCGACGAUUCCUGAUCCACAAGGUGUGCGAGAGUCUAGCCGGUGAUCAACACGACCUACUGCUGGUUACGUUCUCGAUAGGCGUUGGGAGCGAAAGGCGUACCGUCGUCUGUUACCGUCAUCAGCUGCUUCGCGACGUUAAAGCGACCCCGAGUAAAAGUUUUGAAGAUUCGACCGAAAAUGCCCACCUAAGUUGGCGAAGUACGACCGUCGGACCGACGAUUGUAACGACCCUAACGACCUCCAGUGCUCCCGGCAGUAGUGGCACACUAGUGACGGGAAGUAGUGCUAUUAGCUGUAGUGGCGUAGUGAACAACAGCUGUUGUGCAAGUUCUAGUGCCGGUCUUAGUGCUAACAAUUGUUCUAGUGGUACAAACGGGAAAACAAAACGAGCAAAGCGUGAUUCUGUGGUCAAUGCCGUUUGCACAAGUACUGGUGAUAGCAGCAAGAUGGGCGUGGAAGCCGCAACUUAUGUGAAUAAUCAUCAUCCGGAUUCAUUGUCUGGUGGUCAUGUGAAUCAAUUGAAAAACCUUGAAAACGGAGCUACAAAAGCCCCCCCGCUAGCGUCGUCACCACCUUCCACUGCAGGCGGAAAAUUUUCCACCGUAGGAAUCUAUCGACCACCGGCUGUCAGGAAAACAUUAAAACUAUCGGAGAGUGCCAUCCAGCUUGCACCACCGGCUGCCUGCGAAAACCCAAACGAUUACAGCUAUCAGCAGCAGUAUGUGACAUUUCCUCCGGCAGCUCAAUCGCCUGGUGAUCCAGCAACAGCUGAAAGCGGCCAGCUAAAGCCAGCAAGUGAAGGCAAGCAUAGUUGCUCCACUGACAGCGAGCGCCACUGUCCGUGUGCAAACAAUCCAAAUAGUGCUUUACGGAAAAUAGUUAAUAUCCGGGGCAACCAGCAGGCCACAGUAGAUGCCGCUGAUGCAACGGAACCACUAGCCGAUAGUAACAAUAACAAUAAACACCACAGUAGUAGCAGUAGCAGUGAUAGUAAAACCGAGUCGUCCCCACAGCAGCAACAGCCAGUCGAUAGCUCCGUUGCGGCCACUAGUCAGGGGUGCCAGAUUACAGCAGGCAGCACUAGAACCGCUCGAUCGCACCGCGAACGUCGCCCGGACCGUGCUGUCUACAUUCCACGGGCCCGCCGAAGUCUAACCACUCCGCCGGUUACCGUACAGCAGGGACAAACCUGUGCCGCUUCCAAUAACGGUUCCUUUAGCACCACUACAACCGAGGUAUUCACGAGCGGAUCCACCUCCGGGCCCAUUUAUCCCUCGUUAGGUCCUCCAGUUACCAGCAGUUCGUUACCAAAAGCGACCAGCAAAAAGGAGCGCAGCAGUAACCACCACAGCGAAAAAGAUUCGAAAUCCAAAGCUAAAGAUAAACCGCCUCCAGGCGGUUGCAACUCUGUGAUAGAGAAUCACUUGCCAAGUGAUUCCCGAGCCAGCAGCGAAUAUUCUAGUUCGGUAAAUUUUAAAAGCCGUAGUCAUAGUGUAGAGGACAGUUUACCCGCGGCUGGUACGAUCUACCAGGCAAUAACAUUGAAAAAACAAAAAUCGGAAGAAGCACCACGAGAACACACAAUUACCACUCAAGACGGCGAUCUGAUAACGAAACCUCCCAGUAAGAAAGAGUCUAGAAAGGAACGCUCUAACGGUGGUAGCAUUUUAACUGAGUUAAACGGAAGUACAAAUCCGAGAGUUGUGGACAGUAUGAACAAAUCCAACAAGCAACGACCUCCCAAACAGUCGCCAGCUACUGCGACUGGCACGCCAUUGAUUAUAGGCGUAUCGGCCGAGAGCUCUGCAGGCACAACAGAGAAGCUUGAUAAGGAUGAAAAGGAACUGAGGCGGGCUUCCAAGGAGAUUAACCGAAGCAAUCGAAGAAUCAUCAAGCAAACCUUCGCCUCCGAUGUACUGGAGAUUGCAGAACAGGAACAAUCCAAUGCCGUGCAGAUCAGCAACGGUACAGUAAAAUCGGAAGGUCCUGCGAGAGAGCUAAACCCGGAGGAAGAUGACUGGGAGUCGAUUUACGAUGACAACGGAGACUGUCUCAAUCCAAAGUUGAUGGAAGAGCUGACGUCAGCGGUGGGGAAGGUUUCCAUCGAGCUUCCUCGAACGGACUAUAAGUUGUACCAAUCGAAACAGGCUGCCCUGAACGAGGAAGAAUUUCCCCAUGUAUUGGAAGUUUCGAAUUUCCCGGUGGAAUUCAAAACGCAGGAUCUCAUGAUGCUUUUCUCGCAGUACAAAGAAUCUGGUUUCGAUAUCAAGUGGGUAGAUGACACUCACGCUCUGGCUGUGUUUAGUAGUUCCAAAAUCGCUGCCGAGGUUCUUGCCAACGGCCACACGUUUGUGAAGCUGAAACCGCUAGCCGAAGCUACGGUAGAAUCUCGCUCUAAGGCUCGCAAGUGCUCCAGUUCACUGCAACCGUACAGAGCCCGACCGGAGACUUGUGCGGCCCUCGCUAGACGACUGGUAACCACCGCUCUUGGUGUGCGGCUGAAAACUGCCCCGGAGGAACGCGAAAAUGAACGGCGUGUUUUGCGGGAAGCUAAAGAACGAAAACUUCUUGCCGCUAAACAGCGCGAUGAAAUUUGGGAGAGCUAAGCCGUCGUCAAAAUAAUUUACCGAUAACAGCCAUAGUUUUGUGAACAAUAUUUAUCUGGUUAUUCAAUGUGUAUUGACCGUUGAGACUCGAUGACGACACAUAUAUACGCGAUCCAGAUAUACAUCUUACGUUAAGAAGUAGAGUUUACAGAAAUUCUAAUUAAUUAUUGUACAGAAAAAUGUGGAAAUUGUUGUAACAGUGCGGUUGAGAUGAACGAUUAUUUACAAUUUUUAUCAUAUGUCAAUCUGCCUAAAACUACAUUAACGAUUGUUUUAUUACAAAAUGAAGUGACAAUUUUUGCCUGGAUACAAACAACUGUAUCUUGCAGUUAAAAUUAA